CAUGGGAGGUGGGGGGAGGGGAUUCCAGCCCCCCCAGGCCACAGGGAGGCUCCAGGCUCAGGCCAGCUCAGAGGCCAGGAGGAAGGAGCAGGGCUGGGCCCUGGGACCAGCACAACAGGAAGCUGCACUGGAAUUGCCCCUCCUUCUCUGAGCACCACGGCCAGAGCCCCCCAAUAUGUCAGGGGUGCUGCCCACCCUGGUGGCAGUGCUGUGGGGGGGCAUCCUGGGGGCCGGGGGACAGGGAGCGAAGCCGGAGAGCCGGGGUGUCUGCGCCCGUCACACCCUGCGGGUCCCCCUGGUUUACAACGAGACCUUUGCCCGGCCCCUGCACCAGCCAUACCUGACCCUGUGCCCCGGGGGCCGCGUCUGCAGCACCUACAGGACCACGUACCGCGUGGCCGUGCGCCAGGUGACCAGGGACGUGCUGCAGACGAGCUCCAUCUGCUGCCAGGGCUGGAAGAAGAGGCAUGUGGGGGCCAACACCUGCGAGGAGGCCGUGUGCCACAAGCCCUGUCAGAACGGGGGCAUCUGCGCCAGCCCCGACCGGUGCCACUGCCGCCCCGGCUGGGGGGGGCGCUACUGCCAUGUGGAUGUGGACGAAUGCCGCUCGCCUGCCUCUCUCUGCCCCCAGCGCUGCCUCAACACCCCAGGCAGCUACCGGUGCCAGUGUGGGCCCGGGUCCGCCCUGGGGCCCAAUGGGACCAGCUGCCACCCGCUGCCCACCGCCCACACCGCCCCACUGCCCACCCCCCCAGUGCGGGGCCCCCCCGCCCCGGAGCGGCUGACCAGGCAGGUGCAGGAGCUGCAGCAGCAGAUGGAGAAGCUGGAGGAGCGCGUGGAGCGGGCCCUGGGUACCCUGCGCCGGCUGCUGCCGCCCCCGCUGGCCGAGCUGGGCCCCGCCGAGGUCGCCGAGCUCUGGAGCCGCCUCCGGUACCUGGACCGGCUGGACUCGCUCAGCGACCAGCUGCUGCUGCUGGAGGAGAGACUGGGGGCCUGCUCCUGCCAGAACGGGAAAAACGGGUUUGGAUACGAAGUGAGCCGGUGA